CAUAACGAGAAGCGUCCAAGAGAGGAAGGAAGAAGAAACCCGGAAAAAACAUUUUCGCCAAAAUCCAAAACCACACACCGCGAGGAGGAGAUUUCUUCUCACCAGACGCCAACUGGUUUACGUGUCCAACUCGCUAACCACUUCUUCGUCUCUCGCGUAUAAAAUUUAGAAGAAAAUAUCAAUAAAACCUACGGAAGAGGAGAAUCUCAAUCGUUAUCUUCCUCUUCAUCAUCUUUGACGGAAUCAGAAACCCAGACAUCUCUCUGCGAAUUGAACGAGAAACAGAUCAGAGAGAUGAGUCCGAUCGUAGCUUCUCAGCUUGCAACAGGGCUCGGUGUGUUGGCUGGUGCGGUACUGGUGAAAUCAGUGUUGGAGAAGCCGAUGGCUAGUCAGUGGCCUAGGUGUCCGAGUUGCAACGGCACCGGACGAGUUACUUGCAUGUGUACUCGCUGGUCGGACGGCGAUGUUGGCUGCCGGACUUGUUCUGGUUCGGGUCGUAUGGCCUGUAGUAGCUGCGGCGGGACCGGUACCGGCCGACCGAUUCCGGGACAACUCUCCGUACGUCGUUCCAAUGGUCCUUCGUAGUUCUUUUUAGUUUUACUGGAAUUCCUGUUAUAGAUAGUCUUUGUUUGUAUGUAUAUUUCCUUCAUACCUUCUUCUCAAAUCAAAUUUCUUAAAAAUCUAAAUUGGUUAGCAUAUAUUGAUGGGCAGAGUUCUUAAGAUUGAAAUUAUUGAAACCAGAUAUUUGGGUUGUAACUCGAUGAGAUUCAAAUACUUUAAAGAUAGAGAGAGAGAAUGAUUAGGCUUUUAAAGCUAUUACUCUUUCUGUUCUUCAGUUAAUGAAGAAAUUUGUUUAUUAA